GGGCUGUGGGGGGCUGAAAGGGGAGUUCUGUCCACCAGGCUGGGUGCCCCACCCCUCCUGACUCCUCACGCUGCUCCCUUUCUGUUUCCCUUACAGUGAAGGAGUUCCUGGCCAAAGCCAAAGAAGACUUCCUCAAGAAAUGGGAGAACCCCUCCCAGAACACGGCCAGCUUGGAUCAGUUUGAUCGAAUCAAGACCCUGGGCACAGGCUCAUUUGGGAGGGUGAUGCUGGUGAAAGACAAAGAGACCGGGAAUCACUAUGCCAUGAAGAUCCUGGAUAAACAGAAGGUAGUGAAGCUCAAACAAAUUGAGCACACCCUCAAUGAAAAACGGAUACUCCAGGCCAUCAACUUUCCAUUACUCAUCAAACUGGAGUAUUCUUUCAAAGAUAACUCCAAUCUGUACAUGGUAAUGGAAUACAUCCCGGGCGGGGAGAUGUUCUCCCACCUACGGCGGAUUGGGAGGUUCAGUGAACCUCACGCCCGGUUCUAUGCUGCUCAGAUCGUCCUGACCUUUGAGUAUCUGCACGCGCUGGAUCUCAUCUACCGAGACCUGAAGCCAGAGAAUCUCCUGAUAGACCAGCAGGGCUACAUCGAGGUGACGGAUUUUGGUUUUGCCAAGCGGGUGAAAGGCCGAACCUGGACUCUGUGUGGGACCCCGGAAUACCUGGCCCCCGAGAUCAUCCUCAGCAAGGGUUAUAACAAGGCUGUGGACUGGUGGGCCCUCGGCGUCCUCAUCUACGAGAUGGCAGCUGGUUACCCCCCAUUCUUCGCGGACCAGCCCAUUCAGAUCUAUGAGAAGAUCGUCUCUGGCAAGGUCCGAUUCCCGUCUCACUUCAGCUCAGACCUGAAGGACCUGCUCCGGAACCUGCUGCAGGUGGACCUCACCAAACGCUUUGGCAACCUCAAGAACGGGGUCAACGACAUCAAGAACCACAAGUGGUUUGCUACCACCGACUGGAUCGCCAUCUACCAGAGGAAGGUAGGAGGGUGAGGGCGGCGGGCAGAG